GACACGCGGGCUUGCCCUGUGAGGGACUCCGGAGCCUCGCAGAGGUAAAUGUGUACAAACGCGCCGCCGUGGAGCACCGCUCGAAGGACCGCGGCCGCUCAGAGCGCUCCCGGCGUCCCGGAUGGAGACGGACAAUGCUCUUUCAGGACUCCUUUCUCCAGAAUAUGGCUCAUCUUCCCAGUAACCGACCUCAUGCUGGGCCAAAACGGUUCGGCUCAAACUGGUCCAGUCACAUCCAGCCUACCUGAUCCUGGACUCAUUGAAGCGGACGUUUGAUGCUGCCAUUAAAAUGCAAAGAACUCUGGAUGGCGUUGAAUAGGGGGAACAGAAAAGUUAUUCCUGUAGUUCAGGAUCUUCCCUGCACCAUUAUGUUUUACUCAUCCUCAAAAACGGGAUCAUAAAGUGCUCGGCAUCAGCUGGUCUCAGAGGACUACUCCUUUAGGGUCAGAAUGCACCAGCUGUUUAGUCGGGUCCUCGGCCAGAGGGACCUGUCCAGAGCAGGAGACCUGUUCUCCUUAGAGGACACGGAGAUCGAAGACUGCCUGUCUGAAGCUCUGGAUCAGAUCAAGGACAUCUCCUGCUCCCUGGAUUAUUUGACCAACGACAAUGAUCAGGCCGUGGUGGAGAUUUGCAUCACGCGCAUCACCACGGCCAUCAGAGAAACGGGCUCCAUCGAACGGCACAGCACAGCCCUGGUGGGCCUGUGGGAGUCGUGCCUGGAGCAUAACCUGACUCCUCAAGGGGAAAGCGCAGAGGACACGCCGCACGCCAAGAUAGCCUCUGACAUCACCAGCUGUAUCCUGCAGAACUACAGCUGUCCCUCAGUCAUGGCGCUGGCUGUCCCAGUGGCGGUGCGGUUCCUGCAGAGGGGGAACAGGGAGCUGAGCAGAAACAUGUCCAGUUAUCUAUCGCUGGCUGCCAUAGCCAAAGCUGACCUGCUGGCUGAACAUACGGAGGCCAUAACAGUCAGUGUGCUGGGAGGCAACCACAUGAUGUUACGUGUGCUGCCAUCCGUCUACCCCAAACAGCCAGACACCAUCCACCAUCACCUGGGCAGCCUUACAGCAAUGAUGCCCCAGGUGGAGACACCCGAGCAGCGACACCUGAUCAGACUUAUUCAGAUGGUUGCAGAACAGCACCCACUUAUGCUGAGUACACAUGUGCCCAAACUGGUCAGUUACCUGAGUGAGCCCGCGCUGGCCGAGGCUGUGCUGGGUGCUCUUGUGGACGUUUCCCAGGCCAGCCCUUCGUCACUGGUCGGCUUUCUGCCAGCACUGAGGAUGGUGGGACAGCAGUCUACUGCUUUUCUUAGUCAAGUGGCCAAAAUCCAUGGUGCUGUUGGAAUCCUCAGUGAGACCCAUGCCCACAGCUCAUUGGUCUACCUGGUGUCCCUCCUUGGCAGUAUGGAGCACAGCUUUCACCACACCCUGCUGCAGGAGAUCAGAGCUCUGACUGACAGAUACCCGUCGUUAAUGGGAGGCUGUGGGAAAGACAUCUACAGGAUGAGCAACUCAUUCACUGCAAUAGCCGGAGUGCUGGAAAGACGACUGGAGGACAAAGCCUCCCUUUACUGCAGGGGAGAUGAGGUAUGUCCAUCUUCAUGUGGAUCACUUUUUGCUGGUAGAGGAGGAGGAGGGACGGCCGAGCAGCAGCGACUGCAGGUAAAAGUCCAGAGUUUUGAGGAGAAAACACAAGAUGUGGGAACGGCGGAGGAGGAGGCACAAGGUGAGGAGUCCCCUGCACCGCAGCGACGCCACAGCCUGAGCCAAGGCAUCAGGGAGGAGAGACGGGAGAUGAGAUUCAACAGGUCAAAGAGCCUGGCCCUUCACAUCGUGCGUUCACGCUCCAUCAACUCAGAUGCAGAGGAUAGUGAAGGGGUGGAGCCUAGCACAGACAUCUGCUUUUCCAAUAGUCUGUCUAAUCAGCACUCAGACUGCAAUGAAGUGUCCCUGGCAGAGAAGAAACUGACAGGUGACGACUCCCUGCCCGUCACAGGGGAGAAAAAGAAGUCAGAAAAGGUUGAGAGCAAAGAGGUAAACGGAAAGAAACAGAAACAGGAGGAAGCUGACGGGCUCUUCGUCCUAAGAGACAAUAUGGAGAAGAUCAGAGAGUUCUGCAGGGACCUGGUGAAGCGGAUCCCAGUACCAGAGCAUUGUGAACCAGGAGGGCCAGCCUCUGAUGGAAGGAAAGCUGAAGGAGAAGCAGGUCCGCUGGAAGUUUAUCAAGCGCUGGAAAACCCGCUACUUCACCUUGGCAGGCAACCAGCUCCUGUUCCACCGGGGCAAAUCUGUACGCUGGAUGAACAUCCCCAUUGAGCUGAGCAAGGUGCAGAGUGUCAAGGUGGUGGCUAAGAAGCGCAGGGAUCGGGGUCUGCCGAGGGCCUUCGAGAUCUUCACAGACAGCAAGACGUAUGUGCUGAAGGCUGAGGACGAGAAGCACGCCGAGGAGUGGCUGCAGUGCAUCAACGUGGCCGUGGCUCAGGCCAGAGAGAGGGAGAACAGAGAGGCGACCACCUACCUGUGAGAUCACAGACACUGACUGUAACUGUGUUACAUUCGUUUCAGAUGGAGCACCUUCUCCUGCUUUUACUUUAUGCACAUCCAAAUGGGCAGAGGGGAAGGAGAAACAGCCACUACAGAUUAAGUUGGGCCCAAUAAAGACUACCGCAGGAGGUGGUCACAGAGCCGAGUUGGUGAGUAGGUGUGAAGUGGAUCGCCGACAAUGUUUCUGUCACUCUCUGGUUCUGCAAAGCCAACCUGGAUAUGAGGGCUCGGAGCGGACUGAAAGACAGAGAGGCUCGUCUUUGCAGAUAUUGCAAAAUCAUUUUGGGCGAAGACCAUGUAUGUCACACGAGGACGUCACCGCUGCUGGUGAUGGAGCCUUGACUUCUUCGACCAAGAAAACUUGUUAUGCAGUAUUUUUAGUCUUAAAAUUAGAAACCAGCAAUAACUGAUUGUGUACCCUACUAACCUAAAGUAUUGAUCCAGUUUAAAUGUGUUGUACAUGCUGUUACCUGUGUGCAAGACCUACUUUUUAUUUUGUUACUCACGUUACUCGGUGGACCAUAAAUAAAAUACAAGAAUGUUUAAGUGUAUUCAAGUUGCCCAGUAAAAACAAUUAAUAUAGAAAUGUCAGAUUUGCUCAGAAGCAGCUGUUUCAGCAACUUACCAAGACUAACUUAAAUGAAAAUUUCAGAAAAAAUAGAUAAAGUUGACUGAGUCAGGGUCAUUUUGACUUGUAGCAAUAAUGAGACUGAACUGCUAGUGGC